UAUUUUUUCUUUUUCUUUUUAUGUUAAAAUUGGAUUUAUUUAUUUUUUUAGGCAAAAAAAUUGGAUAUUUUUUGUAUGCGUUAAAGGAAGGAUAAGGAAAGAGCAGACCAUCUUGGCGCCCCCUGCGUUGCCGGACUUUUUAAAUGGCAGUCGCCGCCGCUAACUGUUGUUUCUUCGCCGCCGCAUUCACCGGCCUCUCCACCACCCACCGCCUCCUCUCCACUUGGCGUAGACCUAACUAUUUAUGUAGUGCUCACAAUAAAUCCUCUGACAAUCAGAAUCGAGCUCCUGUUAAAGGAAAACCUAAGAAAUCACCCGGCAAUUACCCCAUUGAGAACGAAUAUAUCACGCAGAAGUUAUCAAGGAGAUCAAGAGACGAGAAGUCCUUUUCAAAUGCUGAUGGUAGCAAAAAUGAACGAUCCCAAUCAACAGCGUCCAAAGGAGUUGCUGUACAGAAGAAAGGCAACCAGGGAAUUCUGGUUGACUCGGAGGAGCAAAAGGUGGAGACAAGUGAUAUUCAGGACGCUUCUUUCCUUAAUGCUGUUGUAAAGGUUUACUGCACUCACACUGAACCAGACUAUUCCCUUCCUUGGCAGAAACAAAAACAGUAUACGAGUACUGGAAGUGCUUUCAUGAUUGGGGAUGGGAAGCUGUUGACAAAUGCCCACUGUGUCGAGUAUAAUACACAGGUGAAAGUAAAAAGAAGAGGGGACGAUACGAAGUAUAUUGCCAAGGUUCUAGCGAGAGGUGUAGAGUGCGAUUUAGCUCUUCUUUUUGUUGAAAGCAAGGAGUUCUGGGAAGGCACUGAGCCACUGCAUUUCGGACGCUUACCCAAUUUACAGGAUUCGGUGACUGUUGUGGGCUAUCCUCUUGGAGGAGAAACAAUAUCGGUAUCCAAGGGUGUGGUGUCAAGAAUUGAGGUAACCUCGUACGCUCAUGGAUCUUCUGACUUGCUAGGUAUUCAAAUUGAUGCUGCAAUAAAUCCUGGUAACAGUGGUGGUCCUGCAUUCAAUGACCUAGGAGAAUGCAUUGGGGUGGCCUUUCAGGUAUACAGAUCUGAUGAGGUUGAGAAUAUCGGCUAUGUCAUUCCAACGACUGUUGUCUCUCAUUUUCUUGAAGACUAUGAGAGGAAUGGGAAAUACACUGGUUUCCCUUGUCUUGGCGUGUUAUUGCAAAAAUUGGAGAAUCCAGCUUUACGAGCAUGCUUAAAUGUGCCAUCUAAUGAGGGCGUGCUUAUACGAAAAGUCGAACCAACUUCCCAUGCCAGUCAAGUGUUAAAGGAGGGGGAUGUCAUUGUAAGCUUCAACAAUGUUCGUGUUGGAUGUGAAGGAACUGUACCGUUUCGACCAUCUGAGCGCAUUGCAUUUCGCUAUCUUAUCAGUCAAAAGUUUACCGGUGAUGUAGCAGAACUUGGCAUUAUUAGGGGAGGGCAAUCCAUGCAAGUUCAAGUGACCUUGGAUACUCGAGUGCACUUGGUACCAUAUCAUAUUGAGGGAGAUCAACCUUCAUAUUUAAUAGUUGCUGGUUUGGUGUUUACUCCUCUUUCAGAACCCCUGAUAACGGAAGAAUGUGAAGAUAGCAUUGGGUUGAAAUUGUUGACGAAGGCCCGGUACUCCAUGCCAAAGUUCAAAGGAGAACAGAUCGUGAUCCUAUCACAGGUUCUGGCAAAUGAUGAAAACAUCGGAUAUGAAGAUAUGAGCAACGAGCAGGUUUUGAAGUUAAACGGGACGUGGAUCAGAAAUAUUCACCACCUGACUCAUCUAGUCGAUUCUUGCAAGGACAAAUAUCUAGUCUUCGAAUUCGAAGACAACUUUUUGGUCGUUUUAGAGAGGGAGUCGGUUUUAGCUGCUUCAAAGAGCAUACUCAAAGGCUAUGGAAUUCCAUCAGAAAGAUCCGACGAUCUUUUAGCUCCAUACGUAAACUCAGUGGGACAAAACGAUGAAUGCGAGGUUGGUGAUUCCCCCGUUUCAAAUUCUGAGGUUGGUAACGAUGGCCUUCAUUGGGCGUAAGCAUUUUUUUUUUCCUUACUCAUUUUUGCGUCAUGUUUCCAUAUCACUGUUAAUUUGCAUCAGUCGCUCAAGAAAAUUUUGUGCAAUGGCUAUAGUUUGUUGUUUAGGGAGUGUAGUUAGUCUGAUGUGAUAUAGAUUUAGAUAGACUUUUUGUAAUUUAGGGGGUCGCAGUAUUAGUAGUAUUUAUUCAUUAUUAUUAUUUAUUACUAGUGUGUAACCCGUCGAAAUUCAACGGGAAUUAUUUGAUGUUAUAAUUUAUAAAUAAUGAAUAUUAUUCAAUUCAAUAAAA